AUGUUUAAUUUUCCUUCGAAUUUCAGUUUUCUUGUCUCUUUCCUGGUCGAUGCACGUGGUGGAUCAAUGCGCGGUAGUCGUCAUCCUGGUCUUCGGAUAUUUGUUCCUCCUAGCGCAGCCAGUGCUCCUACUAGGAUUACAUGCCGGAUGUUGCGCCCAGAAAGAACCACUCGGCCUCCCCAAUUUAAUGAUUCAGAAGGCCUUGCUUGCCGGUGUGCAGGAUAA